CGCCUCUCCCAGACUGCUUUAUGUCUGGCAGCAGAGACCAUGCGCGGUCGCCAUAUUAGGGAGCACCCCUCCCCUUCAGUCCCGUCACAGUACAGAGCCACAGCAGCGGUGCAGGGGGCUACAUACUGAACAACGCUACCGCUGGGGAGGACCAGUGAUACAGCAAAACCAAGACCAAAGCGAGGAUACCGUGGAAUGGAUUAAACGUUUGAACGGCGCUAUUAAGUGAUUGUAUUGGGUUUUGCAUCACCGUAUACCAGCAAAAAGGUUGCUUGUUUUCAUUUCUUUCCUUUUAGCAAAUUCAGCAGUUAAAACGACUCACUACAGUCUGUGUUUAGCUAGCCGGUGAUGGAGACAGGCAGCUAGCUAGCUGACGUUACUCCUCUGUCAGGCUAGCAUCUACGAUAACGCUAACUUAACGUACUCAGCAGUUAUCCUGCGUUCGGCACUCGGGCUGUUGCAUAAGUUAGCUUCUCGUUAGAAAUCCCACAAAAUGUUAGCUUGUGUUUAACAAAGGCGCAAGCGGAUAAGACUGGUAGUUAGCCGGCGAAUUACUACUGGCAUCAGCUGACGUUAGCUCGCUAGCUACUCAGCAAGCGGCCACUAGCCUCUUUUGCCUCGCUGUCACUGGAUAACACCGAAUCGUGUAUGAGAGGCUGUAAAUAUCGGCACAACUUUGCCUGAUAUUUGAGAACAGCCGACACUUGCUUCAGAUAUUUAUUUUUUGGUCGUGUUGUCUGUUGACCGUAGUUUCGUCAAGACGGCGCCGUUAACGAACUGCAACCUUAUUGCAUACUGUCAGAGACCAACUACCCCCCGGAUUCUCUCGAAAUGCAUCAUCCGGACCCCGCAGGAGACUCUGGCAGUGUUAGAAAGAUGGCGCACCCGGCUGUCUUUCACAGAAGGGGUAGCAACACAGGCAGCGGGAGCGGCUCCGCGCUGUCAACACCGGCAAACCCGGUGGUCAACAGCCACGUCCCAGCCGAUGAUUAUCAGCCUUCCCUGUUGAUUCAGUGCCAACCUCCUGCUGGUUCAUCCUCCCCGGGUCCCCAUCAUAUUCCACCCCACAGUCUAAAUCUGCAUUCCCAGCCUCAGCCUACACAGUCAGCUGGAACUCAGAUAAAAAAGAAGAGCGGUUUCCAGAUCACAAGUGUGACUCCAGCACAAAUAUCUGUGAGUACCAACAAUAGUAUUGCAGAGGACACGGAAAGCUAUGAUGACCUGGAUGAGUCCCACACAGAGGAUCUCUCUUCUUCUGAAAUCCUGGAUGUGUCCCUCUCCCGAGCUAAUGAUAUAGUGGGGGCAGAGAGAAGCUCUUCUGAAGAGACACUAAAUAAUUUCCAUGAGGCAGAGACCCCUGGAGCGGUCUCCCCAAACCAGCCUUCACACCCUCAUGCCCUGACCCAGGCUCAACAGCAUGGUGGGACCAUGGUCAACGGGACUUUGCAUCAUCAACAUCCUCGUCACCCUAACCAUGCCCAGGUCUAUCCUCUCUCCUCUGGCGCUGGGGGCACUUCAUCUGCCCUCAGUUCCGGUGCUUUACCUUGCGUCACCCAGAAAAUGCCUUCUAAUGUGGGGGUCCCUCAAGAGAAUGUUUCCCAGUCUGCCCCUCCAAGUAUUGUUGCUCAGCCUGUGGGAGUUGUGGCCUCGGGAUCUGUCCCUGGAAUGCACAGCUCUGCUACAGGCACUACAGUUAGCAUAGUUAAUCCCCAGACCAGCAGUGUUAGUAAUGUGAAUAUGUUGAGCUCUGCCAAUGUGCCUGUGAGAGGGGGGAUAAGCACGAGCGCUAGCAGUGGUGGCUUUCCCCUCAGUGUGAUAAGCAGCAGUGGGGGAAGUGGAGGUGGAAGUGGUGCUGUUGCAGCUGGGGGUAAUCUUAUAACAACCACUAAUGUCGGCAUGAGCCAGCAACACCAAAACAUCAACUCCAAUAUCACUAUGACGACUACGGCUACUGCUGCUGUCGCUGCUGCUAGUGCUGCUGUCAGUGCCUCUGGAGGGAUGGGGCUCUCCAGUGGGAUCCAGGGAAGGGUUGGUUCUGCUGUGCUGCAGCCUGUGAGUGCUCCUGUCACAGCUGUGGCCACAGCCCCUGUACCAUCCACUCCUGCCCCAGCUCCUGCUCCUGCAGUGGCUGCCACUAGUUCUCGCUUCAGGGUGGUGAAGCUGGACUCUAGCUCUGAGCCCUUUAAGAAGGGCAGAUGGACAUGCACUGAAUUCUAUGAUAAGGAGACCCCAGCCUCUGCUCCUAGCUCCUCUGCAUCCGAUACUGGGUCUCUCAGCAUGCGUCAGUUUGCCUCUGAGAGCUUUGCUGAGAGGGAAAGCACAAGUGGUAGCUCUGUGAGUAGCACUAUGAGUACAUUGAGCCAUUAUACUGAGAGUGUGUGCAGCGUAGAGACUGGGGGACCCCUGGUACUCCAGCAUGCCCAGGAUUAUUCCUCCCCUCCUCAGGGCUUUCAUGGAAUCCUCCCCAGUGGCUUAAGUAUGGGAGUGUCCCAAACUCAACCUCACAUGCAACCCCAAGAUAUUACCCAUUCACAUGUGAAGACUACUGUGGCCCCAGCAGCUCCCGCAAACCUUCAUCAGCCUGCCCCCAUGUCAGGCCACCAGACCACCAGUGGACUCCCUACGUCUGCUGUGCACCAGCAGCAGCUCACCUAUGCCCAAGCAGUUGCUAAUCAACCCACAAGCUCCACACAGGGCCUAGUGGCUGUUAAGCAACAGAAGAUGGGUUAUCCCACUCUGCCACAGCAGCCUUCUGCUACUCCCCAAGCGGCCCCAGUGCAGGUGAGGCCACCUGAGUACACACAGCCUCACCAAGGUAUCCCCCAGGGUGCUGCUUCUCAACCUCUGUGCAACCAAACUGGAUCAGCACCCUCUGGGCCAGCUAAUGGAGCAUGUCAGAUGAUGGGAGCCCUGCAGCAGUCACAGGCAGUCCUCCAUGCACAGUCCCAGCAGCCCUCCUCCCUUCAGACUUCCACCCCCAGUGUACCCACCCUUGUUGGUGGAGUACCAGGUCUUGGCCAGCAGCCUCAGAGCCACUCCGGCCAUCUGGAUUGCCAGCAGCAGAAGCCACAGUCACUCCCAACACAAAUUCAAAAUCCAGGCCUGGCCACCCAGCUGUCUUCGACAGUCCACCAGAGCCAAGUGUCUGCCCCAAGUGUGCCUCCUCCCAACCCUCAGAGUGAUCCCCAGGCCCAGCCCCAAGCUCACAACACUGGGAACACUGGUAGGAUGCCCCCGCAGGGUGUUCCUCAGAGCCAGCCGUCUUGUGUGAGCUUGUCCCAGGACCACAGCAGUGCCCAGGCCCUGGCUCAUGCUGCCCAGGCCAGUGCCCUGUAUGCAAGCCUGCCCACCUUCACCACCACUCAACUGCAGGAUGCCCAGCGACUGCUUCUCCAGCACCAGUCUGCUUUGUUGGGGCUGCCCAAGCUGUCUGGAGCAGAGACUGGAUCUGGUUCCAGUGCUGGCCAGGGUCAAGACGCUGAGGGCAACAUCGCUACCGCCAGUGCCUUAAGUGCAUCAACCAGUCUGAAGACUGUCGAUGGAGAGGAGGAUGGUUCGUCGGGAGCCAGCGUUGUGGCCAUUGACAACAAGAUUGAACAGGCAAUGGACCUGGUGAAGAGUCAUCUGAUGUAUGCUGUGCGUGAGGAGGUGGAGGUCCUGAAGGAGCAGAUCAAGGAGCUGAUCGAGCGUAACUCCCAGCUGGAGCAGGAGAACACCCUGUUGAAGACGCUGGCCAGCCCAGAGCAAAUGGCCCAGUUUCAGGCCCAGGUUCAGACCGGCUCCCCGCCUGCCCCUCCGACAGCCGCCACACCUGGACCCCCCAGCACCGCCGCCCUUGCCCAGCCCACCUCGCACAGCUCUGGCCCCUCGGCGUAGCCUGGUCUGCACAGACAGACACACUGACUGACAUUUUUGUAGUCCUGCUACAGCAGCAGGGCUAAACCUUGCCUUCUACAGCAGGAGGCUACGCUGUUAAGACAAGAAUUUGCACAUAUUUAUCUCUCAGAAGGAUGCAGCUGGCGGGACAAGCAGCGCAGUGCUUUACAGCACAGUUGGGGUGACAAUCUAGAGAUGAUGUAUGGGGCGGGGUUGAUUUCAGAGGACGAUUGAAUCAUAAAACAUUUGCCAAAUAACCCUCGGACAUAUCAGUUAGAAUGUUUUACCAAGAAGAAACAAACAGCUUAUCAGUGGCGACAGUAUACUUAACUAUAGAUUAAGAAAAAUCACUGUGCCUGUGUCUGGAUUUUAAGUGAUGUCGAUUUUACUGAUGAUGGCAAUGGGAGAGCAGGAGGUGGAGGAUUGUAUUGGUUGUUACCUUUUUUUUCUUUUUUUUUUUUUUUUUUUGCUGAAUGAUGUAAAUAAAAAAUGGUUCUCUCUCAAGGCUAGGUCCUGAAGUUACAGAUAGGCAGAUACGAGAGAGAAAAACAAGAGCCUUCUCAGAGUGACAAAUGAAGAAUGUGAGCAAUUAUUAUCAUGACAAAGUCCCCAUCUGGAAUGGGGGAGUUGAAGGGAGGGGGGGGGUAUUUUGAACAACACUCAGAACUGAUGAUGUUACUUCAAUUGCGGGAUUGUGGGAUGAACAAAACACGGUUUCUUAUGGAGAUGAUGAUAUUCUAUUUCAGUAUUUCACUUUGAAGCUCCUCACUUUGCCCUUGACAAAGCUCAUCAUUGCUGUUUUCUCAACCCUGCAGUGGCAUGUAAUUUAAACCUUAUUCGACAGGGUUGAGACAUUGGGCUAAGCUGCAUUUUUCUCUUUUCGUAAAACGUUUGAUGGGCAGAAGAUGAUGUAUAUUUCUGUAUAGUGUAAGUACCAUGUAAAAUAGCGAGGAGGAGGAAAAAAAAAACAGAUGCUAUCUUGGCUGCACAGAUUGAAGCAGGUGAGCGAGAAAUGUGCUGGUCUUGCCCAGUCUGUGUCGUCUAUUUUUAAUGCUGUAUUUUCAAGACUGUGGAUCGACAGGAGUUUAGGUUAUUUAACUGAUAACACACAGCCAACAGCGUUGUCCAUAUCCCUUACUGCAACAAUAACUCUUACUGUAAAACCAUUUUCACUUGGCUCUCUUUCUUUCUGGAGUAGUGCACCUUUUUUUUUUUUUUUUUUUUUUAAGUUUUUGACAGUGACGUAUAUCUGAAUGAACAAUAUCUUACAACUCAACAUUUAAGAAAAAAAAAAAAUACAAACUCUGGAGAUGUUUUCUUUUUCUUUUUCAUUCUGUGUAUCAGUUGUAUGCUCAUGUUCUGUGCAUGUUUCUGCAAAGACCGGAUGAGAUAUUGUAACAUACUUACCAUAAUUGCACUUGACAGCUGCACUUCACAACUUUCAAUAAACAUGCUUAAAGAAGACUAA